CCGCGCGCCGCCGCCUGCCCCACACCGCUGUGUUAGUACACUCACCGCUAGCGCUCCUGCGGCACCUCACACGCCGCAUCUCUUUCCUCCCGCACUUGUAGCCACAGCAGCGACGCAGGUGUGCCAGCCAGCAGCGGCGGCCCGGCCUUCCCACCAGUGUCCUUACUCCAGUGCCUCUACUUGCCAGCGUUGAAGUUCCGACGCGGCUCUCGUCUCCGCCCGCGACUAAAAACAUUCCGCCCACCCAGGAUACAACCCUUCUAGUGCCUGAUAAAAAUAAAAUAAUUUUUCCUCCCCCCCCGACCUUAAUUACCAGAGAUUGUUGGGCCGGUAGGAAGUGCGGAAGUCCAGCCUACCUGGCUACCGUCGCCACAAUACCUGUACACAGGAGCACCAACAACACUGCCCCUUGCGCUGACCUGCCAUCCGGGCCCCCCGACCCCACGCGCCGCCCGACAUGAGAUGAUUUGUGUUUUGUGUGAUUUUGUGUGAAAGUCGUGGGAAAAUUUUGACAAGUUGUGCCAAGGAGAGUAGUGUCGUGGAGCGGUCGCGCUGUACAGUUGCUGGGUAAAGGGGAGCGACCACAAUACCAGGUGAAUUUGAUGUGAAUUGGGGUGAGAAUUUGGACAAAAAAGGCCAAACACGGAGGCUUGUCUGGCCAUUUAUCAAACGCGAGAAGUCACCGCCGGGAGAAGGGGAGGCCUAAAAAGAACCAAGCCCGACAAUUUAUUUUAAUCAAAGAAAAUAUAUAAAGGUGACAGGUUUGAAAAAGUUUCCCGGUAAUACUACAAGUUUCCGUCUUUAGUGGUGCUGCAGUGAUCAGGAAUUCCUGGUAUGAGAAGGUCACAAGGAAACAGCAUCUCCUCCAGCGCUCACCUCGCCUCUAAUACCCCACCAAAAAGUGAUUUACUCAGUGCAAUUCAUUGAUUCCCGGGCAAAGUGGAAUUAAAUCAGGUGUACUCUGAAAUAAUUAAUAGCUCUAUAUUUUGUAUACAUGUGCUUUGUGUGAGAGUGAAGCAGAAAGGUGUGAGAGGAGAGGUAAAAUAUCCCCCUCUCACUGUGGGGUGGUGAGCGUCUGUAGCGAGGAGAGCUGUAUGCGUACAUAGCACGCCCGCCCCUCCAAGCCUUCACUACCAUAGGAUGCUAUGGAGGUUGUGAGUGUAGCUGCUAGCGUCGGGGAGGUCCUGGGCGGUCCCCAGCCCUCUGCCACGCCCACUUUCUCCCACGACCACGCCCUCCACGCCCACACAGACCACACAGAUCGCGCUCGCACUGACGACGAUGAGGACGAGGAUGAGGGAGACUCCAGAAUGGACACUGACCAAGAUCCUGGGGGCGAGGACGCCACCUGCGACACCGAAGACGCCCCUGACGAGUCCCCGGGGCUGGGCAUGAGUCUGUUUAAGCAGGUUGCCCCCAGCCACUCUCUGGAGGAGGAGUCCAACCCUGACGCGGAGUCCACGCAGCUGGACGACGACGUUACUGGCGACCAUAUGGAAUGCGACGACUCUGAGAGCGCCCCGAUGUUCAUAGACGACGACUCGUCCUCGCGAGCGUUUCCGGAAACAACGAGUGACGUCCCUGGCGGGUCGCCGUCGUCCACGCCCCUGCCCCUGCCGGAGGCUGGACGGCGCAACAAGCGCAAGAACUUUAAGCCGCGGAACAUCGUGUACACCUACACUGACAGCGAGGACACGGAGGGCGCGAGCGACACUGAAUCGCGCUCACACCACCCGUCCUCAGACUCCCAGUACGAUAACUCUGCCUCAGACCUCCCACUUGACCUCUCCGAGACGCCAACGCUGCGGCGCUCUCUCCUCCCUCGGCGUCUUGACGAGGCUGUGGAUUUGACGGGCGGCGCGGGCUUGUCUGUCAGCGGCGGCGGCGUAAGCAGCCCCAGCGCCCAUCCCCGCCUCAAUGCUCUUCUGUCUCGCCCCACCUCACCCGGACCCCAUGAGGAUGGCAGCGAGGCAUCCGACAUGAAGGAGUACGCCGAGCUCACUAUGCGUCGGCUUCUUGGCCUCUACGGCCUCAGCGACCUCUCCGACAACCUCGGACUGCCCCCAGCGGCUCUUUACUCAGGCAAACUUCUGGAAUCGCUCAAGAACAACGGUGUGGGCGGGGGUGAAGGUGGUGGGGAGCCGCCCACUCCCCCACACACCCCACAGAGGGAGAACACCCACAUAGUCUCCAGUGAAGGGGGUGGGAGCCGGCCGCCCCCGACACAGCUGGAUGCUCUGCAACACCAAGCCUUGCAAGCGAGGAUGUUGGGCGGAGGAAACUUCUCGACACUGCUGACCCUGGCGGCACUACAGGAGGGCAAGGGCGGCCACGGAGUGCCACUGCCACCCACCCUCGACGCCCACAAGAGCCUCGCCCCCACGCCCACCACCUCCACCUCCACCAUGACCCCGGGGCUUGCAGGUCUCUCCCUGGGGUCCAGCACCCCGUCUUCCCUGCUGCCCGGGGGGAUGGGGGCCAGGGACACCCUCAACAAGCCCCAGCUGGACUAUUCCCGCUAUGUCAAGCCCUACAGCUCGGCCCUGGAGUGCGGACACCUCCCCUGCAGGGAACACAAUCUCAGAGAACACUUCCACUGCCUCGAGUGCAACUCGAAGGUGUUCAGCAAGAAGGAGGAGAUGAUCCGACACUUCAAGUGGCACAAGAAGAGGGACGAGAGCCUCCAGCAUGGCUUCAUGCGCUACUCCCCCUCCGACGACUGCUCCGACCGCUUCAACAACUGCUCCCACAACCGGAAGCAGACGCAUUACCACUGUCUCAAGGAGGGCUGCGACAAGGUGUACAUCAGCACGUCGGACGUCCAGAUGCAUGCUAACUACCACCGCAAGGACUCGGCCAUCAUGCAGGAAGGGUUCCAGAGGUUCCGCGCCUCGGAGGACUGUGGCCAGCCAGCUUGUUCGUUCAACGGUCAGCGCACCACUCACUUCCACUGUAUGAGGAGCGCCUGCAACUACACCUUCAAGAACAAGGCUGACAUGGAGAAGCACAAGACAUACCAUAUCAAAGAUGAGCAGCUGACCAAGGAUGGCUUCAAGAAGUUCAUGAAGCAGGAGGAGUGUCCGUACGAGGGGUGCAAAUUCUCUCGCGUUGUCAACCACAUCCAUUGCAUCCGGCCUGAGUGCAACUACGUCCUCCAUUCAUCCGGCCAGAUAUUCGCUCACAAGGUGCACUUCAACACUCUGCUCUUACACCUGAGGAAGCACGAGCGCCAGGACCACGAACGAGCCUACCGCAAGUACAAACUGGCACAAACCAUGCUGGGUGUGCCAGAGGGCCACCCUGCCCUCACCCCCCUCCUGCACGAGGCGCUGCGCCCCCUUGGGACUCUAGGAGGACACAUGAUGAACCCGCUGAUGGGUCCUCUUGGUGGGCCCUUGGGAGGUCCUAUGUGUCCAGGUGACCAAAGAAGUGAGGACUCCUGUUCUCCUCUAGGGCCUGCUGCCACUUCCGUCACCCCAGGUUCCUUACCCCCGGGACUUCAAAGACCCCCUGGGUUACUAAUGGGUGGGUUCCCGCCUCCUGGACUGGGCGAGUCUCAGCACCCAUUAGCCCGCCUCCUGGGUGUGGCGCCCCCAGCAGCUCACGGUCUUUUCCCCGGUGGGUCGGCCACCAGUUCAGCCUCCACCCCAGCGUCGUCUUCGUCAGGACCGGCUUCCCCGGUGGACCUGAGCGUCAGUAUGGGCGGGAGUGAAGACCGUGACUGGGAGCGUUGGGUGCGGUGCCACGGGCGGGAUGAGCCGUGUCACAAUGGCUGUGACUUGGCGGGUAUGGACCACUGGCACUGUGACGAGUGUGAGGCAGUGUUCCGUGGACGGGAGAGCGCCCGUGACCAUGGCCGUGUCCAUGAACAACAAACAGUGAUUACGGAGGACCACUACACCAAGGUGACAACCACGGAGGAGCCUCGUCCCUGCCCCCCAGACUGUCCCAUCCAAGACCAUGCUGACCACUUCCACUGUAACUGGGAGGCGUGUGGCGAGGCCGUCCUGGUGUCGGGGGACAAGCCCUUCCGUCGCCUGGAGCACUUCCAGAUGCACGACUACGCCCGCCGCCUGGCACUAGCGACCUCCCCAGGUGCCGGAGGGCCAGUAGGCGUCGCUGCGGUCACCUCCGUCGACGCCAUGUUUAAGCGUAAGCGCGGACGGCCUCCGAAGAACAGAGUUAUCGAGGUGUGGAAUGAUUACAGCGUGACACACAACCAAGUGUUUCUGUCCCGUCAAAACCGCCUUCCUUCCUUGCAGCAUCCUGUGUCGAGCGCCCACGACUCCCCACAGGCAAUCUUCGCCAGCUUCAAGUUGCCCAAGAGUUCGCCACCACCACAUGGGCCCCUGGGGAUGCCCAUGGGGCCCCAUCCGAUGACACCCCUAGGCCACCUAGCCAACUUGGGCCGCGAUUCCUCCCCGCCAAGACUAUCCAUCCCUUGCAGCACCAGCAGCAAUUGCAGCACUAGCACCUGCAACACAGUUGGUCAUCCCACCACUCCGGGUGGCCCACUGCCCAUCCUACUGCCUCUCACUGGGCCCCUACUCUCAAACCCGCUCCAACCACAAGCGGAGAUAGUAGAGGGCUUCUACCCCUGGGGCGAAGGUGUAUCCUGCCCCGACCAGCUGUGUCCACUGCUUGGACGACGCCACUACCACUGUGCCCACCCCCGCUGUCUCUACGUCACCGCCCACACAGAUGUCCUCCCACUCCAUGCCCACGACUUCCACGAGAAUACGCCCAUACCAGAGGGAUUCAUUGCCAUUGACAGGAAUAUUGACUGCCGCUCACCAAAUUGUCAGAGCAACAAGGUGAACAAACACUUUCACUGUACGCGCUGUGGCUUCUCCUUUGUUCGCUACCAGACACUCGAGUCCCAUGCGGAGAAGCAUCAACAGGAAGAUGGGGUGAUUCACACUCAUAGUCUGGGCCCUCAGUCACCCAUAUACCUUAAAAAGCCUCGCCCGGACAGCCCUAUGGAUGCUCCAACAGCUACUGCAGACAGGGAGUCACCCAGCAAGGCACAAGAUCUCUCCCCCCCAGUGGUCAAGUCAUCUGGGAUCUUCUACCCUCUGUCACCGUUCCCUACGUCUAGCCCAUCCAACCUCCGACCCUCCAGUACCCGGGGAGAAGCAGGUGCUCUUGUCACACCAAUUCCACCAUCAUCACGACUGCAGAAUUCGACUACUUUCACCCUCCCUGUGUCGGGAAGCCUCACUAUCACUGCUACUCGUCGUUCACCCCCACCUCAUGGUAUGCAUUCACCCAUUCGAGACCGCAUGGAUCAAGCAGAAUCAGAUGACCGAAAUGAAUUGGACACUGAUCAUCCUCGUCCACUGAGUCAACAAGGAGACCCGUAUCCUGCCCGUAUCCUUCAGACCCUUAAUCGGGAAGAGUCACCUCUAAUAAUUCCUUCUUUAGGUUCCGAAUGGCUUGGUCCAGAACGGCACCCACAGUAUGGCCCAGAGUAUUCUUGCGGCCGGCCAUUUUGUAAGCUGAAAAAGAAAGAACAUUUCCACUGUCAAAUUUGCAAUCAAGCUUUUAGUGAACAUGAAAAACUGAGGCCACAUCUAAUUAAACAUGUUACUUGUAACCCUAUGAGUUCUGGUGACUUUUCUGUAGGUGGAGAGGAGGAUACAGAUGGUUGUACUGAUCAGGGAGACGAGGAAGAAGGAAAUAUCCAACCCAAAAUUGAAAUCAAUGACUGUCCGGUGAGCCCAAGAAGUUCCAAUGAAAGUAGUACUAGUAGUUUUGGAAUAACAACGCAGAGUGUGUCUACUAGUAGCCCGAGACCUCUCAGCAGUAGCAGCAUCAGUUGUAGCUUGAGUGGACCCCAAACAACGCCACAGUUUCCAAUGGUAUAUACUCAAGCUGCCAGUUUCCCUGGACUUCCCUCUCCAUUUGGUCCACAUUUGGGCAUGGCAGGAAUAUUUCCAGGAUCAUUGCCACGUCUUCUGCCACCAGCUGCGUGGCAAGUUCAUCCAGCACUGGCAGCUAUGGCCCAUCAAGGCCUCAUUAUGCCUGGAGUCCGUCCCAAUGGAGAUCUGACUCAUGGGUCACCUGUGCCAGGAGGCCUACCUGGUGUUGGUCCAGGGAUGGGAGGACCAGGGCUCCCUGGAUCUGGAGGAGACCACAACCCUCUGUUGCCCUCCUCUCUGGGAACUUCACCUCACCUAGCUAUGCUAGGCAAGAGACUCGGUGCUGAAGACUUCAAUGCACAAGAAGCUAAGAAGAUCCGUUCCAACCACUCCAUACGCUUGCUUAAAGAUGAGCCUGUGCCUGAAGGUUAUAUACGCUUUAGAUUCAAUGAGGACUGUCAGUAUCCUCACUGUGGAUACCGGGAACACCAGACACACUUCCACUGCAUGAGAAAGGACUGUGGUUACUCCUUCUGCGAUAAAACACGCUUUGUGCAGCACACUGCGCGGCACGAGCGGCUCGAUACCCUUAUGGGUGGCGAUUUUAAUCAAUUCCGUUCGAACGUCUCCUGUGGACGCCCUGACUGUGUUUAUGCCUCAAUGAUAGGCCAACAGCAAAACAAGGCGUCACAUUUCCACUGCCUAAAGUGCGACUUUGUGUGCACAGACACUAAUAAGGUUGUGGCGCACCGUAGGCAGCAUCAGAAACGAGACUCUAUCAAUGCUGCAGGCUUUGAAAAGUUUACACCGUCCCAGCCUUGUGGAAUUCAAGGCUGCAACCAUAAUCAGAAACAGACACAUUACCAUUGCCUCAAGUGCCAGUACUCGGUCCUAGGACUCAGCCAGAUGUCCGCACACAGGUACCGACACCUCGAAUGAAGUUUCUUUGGGGAGUAAUCUGCGGAGAGGCUCCCCAGCACCCCUUAUGAGGGUGCAAGAACAAAUCAACACUUUAAGACUGUGAAAUUCAUGCCCGUCCAAGCUACCCUGAGAAGUAGUAGUGAACUGGCGAAUACGGCCUCAAGUGGGCACGUUUUAGAGCCCAUGUGUUGAACAUUUGUGAGCUACACAAUGUAGCCUUGUACAAUAGCAUAUGUGUUAUCAUUAGCCUUACAUAUCACUGUAACAUACCAAGUGGUGUAGUUGUUAAUCUUUCUACUGUACCUUGUAUCCAAUUUUUGCUAGACAGUGAAAUUUGUACGGAUGAAUUACCCAUGUUAACCGAUAUAUAAAGUGAAAUCUCUUGUGUACCAUAUAGAAAAGUGGAUAACUAUACAUGGUGUAUAUGGUGUUGUGGUUGUACCGGUGAGCCUUAUAGUCAUAGGCAAGUAAUGGGACGUGGUCAGGUCAGGUUAUACACCAGCCUGUACCCAUGACCACUGUGGCCCACUACAGCCCACUACCUGCUGCCCACUUUACAUGUGGACUAUUAACUGUGUUAUUCUGUUGGUUUAGUAUGAACCAAUGUACUAUUGACUAAUAUUACUGAAUGUAUGUGAUGUAAAUGGUAUUCAAUACCGAGAAAAAAAGAAGCCUCAGACUGUAUGAAACCCGAGUGCCUUGUUGAAGGUUAAACAACAGUGUCUUUGCGCUAGUGUCUUACUGUAGGUUGGUGUGGUGUAGUUUGUGUGGUAGACGUGCAGGUGCUGUGUGUACCUGCCGCCCGUGCCUUCCUGUGACCUGUACCACUAUCGCCCACCACCACCAUCAUCACCACCGCCACCUCCCUACUCGUGCACUCCUACACCUGAACACAGCUUAUCUGAAUAUAAUUUUAUACUAUUUAUUUUUUAGUGUUACCAAAUAUUAGUGCCAAGUACUGUAUUCUGUACUCAUUCAAUUAUUUCCUGUAGUGCCAAACAUUUUCUACUUGUUUGUUUUUAAUUUGAUGGCUAAGAAUGUGCCAAUAUCAUAGUGUUUAUGAUUUAGAAAAUCUUAUAAUGUAUAGCACCAACUCGUGUAUUCUGCAUUGCAUAUUCAAGCCAUGGUGUAGAAUUUCUAGUGAAAAUGGCAGCAUAAAAUAGGUUGAAAGUGUGUAGUUAGUGACUCAGCACAAUGGUUGUGCCUCGCCUGCCUCACCAUCCCGCUCAGCGUUCACUACGUGUACUGCGUGUCUGAGGCAGGGAGCUGGGGGAUCUCAGGGCAGUCUUUGGCCUGGGGGACCUGCUUGCCCCAUGGAGGUAGUCCAAGCUAGUUUACAAAAAAAAAACCUCCUUAGUGAGAAAGUAGGCCACCAGGCCUCUAAGCAGUAGAGUGUCUUGUUUGCUGUGAUGUAGAUAUGUAGUAUUAGGAAGACAUGACCAACAGUAGCCAGUGUGAAACACAAGACGGCCGACAGCAUGCCUGUCCCCUGCUGCACCUCCUGCUGUGUCUCUUUUUUCAGCUUUACAACUUUAUAUAUUUCUUCCAUGUUGUUAUUUGUAUUAUUCACACACUUUCCCUGCUUGCACCUUUUUGAUCUUGUAUAAAGUGUGUGUGGUGAGUGGAGUAGGGGUGGGGUGGUGGCUGUGAGUGAGGCCCACCCACCAGCUACUUGCUUCUCACUCUGGAAGGUGCACCGCCCAGUAGCCUCAGUUUCAGCUCACUCAGCACUGCUGAUGCAUUUAUGUACAGUUCUAUUUAUUAUGGUGGGUGUCCCAGAUGUGGAGCCGGCCUACAAGGUGAUGCUCAGCCGUUGCACGCCUUCAGUAGUUGUCUUCUCAAUUACUUGAAAAGUUAUUGUAAUAGGAUAUAUAUUUACUGUUGGUGAGCAGCUACAAUGGCAUUGCCUUGUAGGGCAAUAUGACUUAUCCUGGCACUCCUCUAGUUUAGCUUGCUGACAUUUUAACCCAUCUUGGUGCCUGAAACCCCUGGAGGUCUAAUACAGUCUCUCGAGAGUCAUAACACUUAGCUCUGGAACUCUGUCACAUACUCCAAAGUUCAGUGAUGAUUCUUGAAACUCUGACACUGAUCUCCAGAACCCAGGCACUGAUUGCUGGAACUCUGGCACUGAUCUACAGAACCCAGGCACUGAUUGCUGGAACUCUGGCACUGAUCUCCAGAACCCAGGCACUAAUUGCUGAAACUCUGGCACUGACUUUAAAGGUUCUGGAACAAACUUCUAAAAGCUCUGGCACUAAUUAAGCCUUAGCACUCAAUGUCCAGAGACCUUUUACUGACUUAUGGCGCCCAAACUAUACUGGAUAAAUUCUCCAGAGUAAAUCGCCAUUCUGGAAAGAGAUGGAAGGAACUGUUGGAAAGGGAGGAGUGUCAGGCUGGGAAAGAGGGCCUCACCGAGCCUCUAGGACGGGUGGAAGGGUGUUGGACUGGGCACCGCGGCCACACGCUGGGCCGCCCGCCCACAUCAUCAUCCUGGCAACUUACUCAAAUAAAGUGAUACAUUGAAAA